AUGGUGACACUAUUCUUCGUCAUCUCAGGCUACGUGCUAAGCUAUAGCGCUCUGAAAAAGAUUCGAAGCAGACAAGCCGCGCAGCUCCUCGAUUCGUUAGCCUCCUCAGUCUUCCGCCGCUGGCUCCGGCUCUUCCUCCCUUUAAUCGUCUCUACAUUCAUUACGGUGAUUUUUGUGAGAAUGGGAUGGGUGGAUGAUGCACUGGCAACACGUGUUACCCUCCUACCCGGGCCCUUACCCUCGCGCUGGGCACAAAUAAAGGACUGGUGGACUAGUUUUAUCCUCCUUAGCAACACAUUCAUGGGCAUGGACGAAGAAAGCGUCUACGCCGACCAAUAUGGCAGCCAGCUUUGGACGAUCCCGCGGGAGUUUCGGGGUUCCAUCGUAGUAUAUGUCACUCUUCUCGGACUGGCAAAGACGAGGCAAACAUUCCAUGUGCUUUCCGUUAUAGCGUUUUCUUUAUAUGCCCUGUACAUCGCCCAAUGGGACAUAUAUCUUUUCCUUAGCGGCAUGGCGCUCGCCGAGAUCCAAUUCAUCUAUAACGAGGCGCGCCAAAAUAAUGCCUCCUCACUCCAAAAAUAUAUUCCUCGAGCCGUGAAACGCCAUAGGAAGGGCAUCCUCUACAUUGUUACAACUUUAGCCACACUCCUCGCCAUCCAUUUCCUCACAAUCCCUGACGAGGGCUUAGACUCGGCCCCAGGAUACGGCUGGAUGUUAGCCAACACACCUUUACAAUACGGGAGCGUAAGCCUUCGGCAGAAAUUCUGGCUCUGCUUAGGGGCUCCGCUCCUCUGCCUCGCGAUGAUAUUCUCUCCCCCCACUUCCUCGAACCCCUCGCCCAUCCCCCAAUGA